GUUCCUGUUGCCUCCUACAGGUCCCCAUCUAUCUCAUAUCAAUUCCUCCAUUUCCAACAUGGGCGGCGAAAAGGACACAAAGAUGCCCUCGGCCUCGUCGGCUCAUUACCCCCAACUCGCCGUGCGGCCCGUAGGCAAGCAGAUCACCUCCAUCUACCAGGACCGCUUACGCCAAUUCGUCGACGGCGGCCAAUACAGCGGCGUCAACCUCGUCGCCCGCCUCGACGACGCCCGCGUCUCCGGCUCGCCCAAUGUCAAGCUACACGUCUGGUCCGCGCCGGGCCUCGAGCGGCCUACUUUCAAGGAAGCGACGAGCAAGGACAAUGAGUUCAAGAAGACAAGCAUUGGCGAGAGCUUCGGGCCGAGUUGGAGCACGCAUUGGUUCGAACUGCGAUUCACCGUGCCCAAGGGCUGGAAGAGUAAGCGGCAGGUUGAGCUUCAUUGGGACUCGCAGGGCGAGGCAAUGGUAUGGACGAAAGAUGGAAAGCCACUCCAGGGCUUAACGGGGCGCGGCGAGCGGACAGAGUGGAUCUUGAAAGACGAGUAUCGAGAGGUGGGGAAGGAGCAUACGAUCUACAUUGAGAUGGCGUGCAACAGCAUGUUUGGCAAUGCGCCUGGCGGCGAUACCAUCCAACCCCCCGACCCGAACAAGUACUACACGCUGGUGGAGUGCGACCUUGUGAGUGUCAAUGUUGAUGCUAGAGCCCUGUAUUACGACUUCUGGAUCAUCGGAGACGCUGCGCGAGAGUUUCCCGACGACAGCUGGGAGCAACACAAAGCGCUGCAGAUAUGCAAUGAAAUCAUGGACUGCUUCAUUGCCGGCGAAGGCUCCAACGACUGCAUCCGGGAGUGCCGAAAGAUCGCGCAGCGCUAUCUCGGCGACAAAAUCGACAGCGCCGAAGUGUACGCGAACAAGCAGCCGGUGCUCGUCGACGGCAUCGGCAAUUGUCACAUUGACAGCUGCUGGCUCUGGCCUUGGGCGGAGACGAAACGCAAGGUCGCUCGGUCCUGGUCCACUCAAUGUGACAUGCUCGAUCGCUAUCCCGAAUACCGCUUCGUGGCGUCGCAAGCACAGCAGUUCCAAUGGCUCGAACAGCUAUACCCUUAUGCGUUCGAUCGGGUCAAGAGCCAUGUAAAGGAAGGCACCUUUCAGCCCAUUGGAGGCAGCUGGGUAGAGCACGACACCAACAUGCCUUCGGGAGAGUCACUUGUGCGCCAGUUCUUGUACGGCCAACGGUACUUUGAAUCGCGCUUCGGUCAGCGUUGUCGCACUUUUUGGCUGCCCGAUACCUUUGGAUACUCGCCUCAGAUUCCCCAGAUCUGUCGACUGGCUGGCAUGAACCGCUUCUUGACCAACAAGCUGAGCUGGAACAACAUCAACAACUUCCCACAUACCACCUUCAACUGGGUGAGUUUGGACGGAAGUCAAGUCAUUUGUCAUAUGCCGCCUUCGGAAACGUACACUGCCCAGGCGCACUUUGGCGAUGUGAAGCGGAGCGAGUCCCAGCACAAGAGUAUGGAUCAGGAUGCCACCUCUCUGUUGGUCUAUGGCAAGGGAGACGGAGGCGGAGGACCGACGUUUGAGAUGUUGGAGAAGCUCAGGCGUUGUCGUGGAGUCAGCGACACGGUAGGCAGACUGCCAAGAGUGCACCUGGGCAACAGCGUCGAGGACUUUUUCGAUCGCUUGGAGAAGAAGGAAGCCACGGGCGAGACGGAGCUGGUCACCUGGUACGGCGAGCUCUACUUUGAGUUCCACCGGGGGACGUACACCACGCAGGCCGACAACAAGAAGAAUAACCGCAAGUCGGAAGUUUUGUUGCACGACCUGGAGUACCUUGCGACGUUGGUCACGCUCAAGGGCGUCAAGGGAUAUAAGUAUCCGAAGAAACAGAUUGACAAGAUGUGGGAGGGGGUGUUGCUCUGUCAAUUCCACGACUGUCUGCCUGGCUCGUCGAUUGAGAUGUGCUACGACGACUCGGCGGAGAUAUAUGCCGACAUUUUCGAAACGGGAGGACACUUGAUCAAGGAGGCCUUGAAGGCUCUUGGGUAUGGCGAUAAAGGAGAACCGUCAACGUUGAACACACUGAGCUGGGAGAGAUCAUCUCCUGCGACUUUGGAGGCUGCGUCGAAACCACAUGCGACUGUGCGACAGAUCAGCGACUCCGAGUUUACCUUGGAAAACGACGCUUUCCAGAUCUCGGUUGAGGAUGGCGCCAUUACUUCUUUGUACGACAAACGCGCCCACCGAGAAGUCGUUCCGAAGGGCAGCAGAGCCAAUCAGCUCGUCCUUUUCGAUGACAAACCUUUAUACUGGCAGGCAUGGGAUGUUGAAGUCUACCACUUGAGAUCCCGAAAAGAGCUCAAAGCCAGCAGCACAACCAUCACCGACCACGGCCCCGACAAAGUCUCAGUGACCAGCUUGACAGAAAUCUCGGACAAAUCCUGGGUCAAGACUACCUUGUCCCUCUCCGCUUCCUCCUCCGGCAGCCCCAUCAUCGAGACCACCGCCGAAGUCGAAUGGCACGAGACAAUGAAGUUCCUCAAAGUCGAAUUCCCCGUCGCCAUCACCAACACGGAAGCCUCCUACGAAACGCAGUUUGGCAUCGUCAAGCGGCCCACCCACUACAACACCAGCUGGGACAUGGCGAAGUUCGAGGUGUGCUGCCACAAGUGGGCCGACCUGUCGGAGCACGGGUACGGCGUGAGCGUGCUCAACGACAGCAAAUACGGCUUCGCGACGGCGGGGCAUGUAAUGCGGUUGAGUCUGCUGCGUGCCCCCAAGGCGCCCGACGCGCACGCGGAUAUGAAGACGCAUCAUAUCCGCUGGGCCAUUCUGCCGCACGACGGCGCGCUGGACGAACGCACUGUGCGUGCGGGAUACGAAUUCAAUUACCCCCCGCUACACGUCAAGGCUCACCCGCAACCGCAAGAGCUCGCAUCCCUGCUCUCCGCUUUCAAAUUCACGCCCGACUCCUCACCUUCCCUCGUCGUCGACACCGUCAAACGCGGCGAAGACGACGAGGACGUGCACCCGGGAGACAGCAGCGGCGCGAUGCUAGCGAAGAGGGGACGCCACGUAAUUGUGCGCGUGUACGAGAGUUUGGGCGGCCGGGGGCGCGGGACGAUCAGGUUGGAUGGGGUCAAGGCGACGAAGGCGUGGAAGUGUAAUGUUUUGGAGGAUGAGUUGGAGGAGCUGGAGGUUGGGAAGGCGGGAUUGAGGGUGGAGUUGAGGGCUUUUGAGGUUGCGACAUACAAGUUGAGGGUUGGGUAAGGGUGUGCUGGGUGCUGGGUGGUAAUGGUAUGUUGUGCUAUCUUUUAGAGUGACCGUACGUUACUAGACUUCAUCGUGCACUUUUCAACGUGAUGUAUUUGGCAUGUUCCUUCGGGGGCAUCGACGGGGCUUUCGGUGUCCAGUUACAACAGAUAGCCUGAGUACCAUAUACAGCCAGGAUUCGCAUCCGAGCACGUAAACAACCGUUGCAAAAGGUUGCUAUUUCCGUCCCUUUCGGCAUCCCUUUCCAU